UUUAAGCCAUAAGCCUUACAAAGAUGUCCGAAGCGCAGGCCGGCUCAACGAAAUCACACGAUCGAGGUUGUCGUCAUAGUAAGCGACGUCAUGAUAGUAGUAUCAACGAUAACGAUGAUGUCGGCUCAUCGAGAUAUCAGCGAAUUGUUACUGAGGAAGAUAGAAAAGAUUUCGUCAGUUACCAAAAAGAAAUGGACGAAAGACGUGAUCGGUAUGAGAGGAUCGUAAAACUUUCCCGUGAUGUAAUUAUUGAAUGUAAACGAAUCAUCUUUCAGUUACACCGUAUAGUUGUUGUUGACACAGCGAAGGACAGAGAAGAAUUAUUGAAAGAGGCGAAUAAGCGGUUAAAUGAGGUGAGUAGCAAAAUGCUUCAACGAAUGGCGAAAGAACUUUAUAAUCUGGAUCAGUAUUAUUACAUAAAAUCUUUUGACUGGGCUCUUGAAGAAUACAUUGAAGCUUUGGCAUUCUAUAAGUUUCUAAUAUCUGGCGAGGUGCUUUUAUACGGUGAGGUGAUCGAUGCAUUACAAUUUGUUGAUGCAGAAUCUGGAGAAAGCAAAAAGCUUUAUGUGGAACUACCUGAGGUAACGUAUUUGAUGGGAGUUUUCGAUGUAGGUGGCGAGCUGAUGAGACUUGCUAUUAGUGAGAUUUCAUCGGGUAAUUCUGAUAUAGCUGUAAGUAUUGUUAAUUACAUGCGGUUAUUGCAUGGGUGCUACGAACUUCUGGGCAAUAUAAUGCAUACUGCAGACUGGGCGAAGAAAUCCCAAGUUUUCCGGGAAUGCUUGAUGAAGGUUGAGAACGCUCUGUAUAAAUGGAAAAUCCGUGAAAAUGACAUACCUGCCGAAUCAGCAAAUAUCAGUGCAAUUAUAUGA